AUGGGCAACAUUGCGUCGAACAACGGGCCGCUCGUCAAGUACGAGAUCGCCGGUCCGCACGGCAUCUGCUACCUCCAGGUCGAGAAGGACCUCUGCCGCACAGCUCUCAAGGACAACCGCCUUGAGAUUGACUUUGAGUUUCCCGACACGUACAUCUGCCUCGGCACGAGCAGCACCAUGGACGCGCUCGCGUGCGCCGACAUCAAGAAGGCCACAUGGGUGCCGUCCAAGACGCACAACUAG